AUGACAACAUUUCGACCUCGCAUCGCUAUCACUCUCGGCGACCCAGCCGGUGUCGGACCCGAAUUGGCAGCGAAGCUUCUCGCAGACCCUCAAAAUAGCGCGAGGGCCGACCUCCUUGUUCUUGCAGAUAUAUCCGAAGUUGAAGCCGCGGCCUCUGUCGCAAACGUUACAAUCCCAGGAAGUAUACAGAUUCUGCAUGAUGGAACAGCCCCGACCACGCCGAUCGAACGAGGGAAGAUAUCAAAGGCGGCAGGUGAGCGCACCUUGCACCAGCUCAAGCGAGCGACAGCUCUUGUGAACGAGGGCGAAGCAGAUGCUAUUGUAUUCACGCCGUUGAACAAGACAUCACUUCAUAUGGCCGGGAUGCACGAGGAAGAUGAACUGCGGUGGUUUGCCAUGCUAUUGAACCACAAAGGAACUACCAGCGAAGUCAAUAUUAUCCCUGGCCUGUGGACUGCGCGGGUAACAAGCCAUGUCGCGAUGAAAGAUGUAUCUGCGAGGAUCUCGAAAACGUCAGUCUGUGACUCGAUCGAGCUUUUGCAUAAUUUGCUCUCCGACUCUGGUAUCACAAGUCCUCGCCUGGGAGUAUGCGCGUUGAAUCCGCAUAAUGGCGAGAAUGGGCUAUUUGGUCGUGAAGAGAUUGAUGCCAUUCGGCCGGGUGUAGAGCUCGCUUUAUCGAAGGGGAUAGACGUCAAGGGACCGUUUCCUAGCGAUACCAUCUUUGUCGCCCGAGCAAACUAUGACGGUAUUGUGACAAUGUAUCAUGAUCAAGGCCAGAUAGCUCUCAAAGUCAUUGGGUUUGAUGGUGGUGUGACUGUUCAAGGGGGGCUACCGGUGGUGAUAGCCACCCCAGCACAUGGCACGGCGUUUGAUAUUGCGGGAAAAAAUGUUGCCAGCGUGAGGAGUAGCCAGAACGCCUUAGACAUUGCGAUUGCAGUUGCUGGCAAAAAGGCUGCUCUGCGAGCUACUCAAUAG